GAUGUCUCUUAUCGGAUAAAGACAUUUUACGGAUUGACAGACGCACUGACAAUUAGUGGGAUUACGAAACAGGGCGGACCACUGUCCCCAAUCAAGUGCACCUUGACGAGUAGUAUGGGUAGUCACUGGUUAUCCGAUUCCCUGCGUCACCAAACUGGCCACCUUCAUGUUGCAACACUUCAAGCCUCCCGUGGUCAACCUCAUCUCCCCGACGACAGAAUCUCGAUUCCGGUUGUGAUGGUGGAGGCGAUGGAUGACUCUGCCAUUGUAACAACCUCAUUGCCAACGUGCCUCUCCUCUAUAACGAUGUCGGAACGUUUCCAAAGCGCAUAUGGCGGUGAAACCAACUGGCCCAAAUCAGCCGCCUUCCUUCGAAACGUUCCUAACCCUCCCUCUCAUCUCCAAGUUACAUCGGUCCACCCAGCACAGCCCGAUAUCCUAGUCCAACAUGAUCUCUCGGUGUCGACCUCUCACAUCGAGUUCCUGCGUCUUUCCAUCAAUGAUCCUUCUGCGCAGUACCACAAGCUCAAGGGUUUGAUAUCUUCCUUUGAUUUCCCUUCACUCCAAAAUAUUCGCCUUCCUUUGCCGGCACUACGCCGUGUCCUUUCACAGUGCCUAGUCUCAAAACUCAGGCCUCAUUUGGCCUAUCAGCCAAUUACAGAGACUGACGCUGUUCACUUGGACCAUUUGAUCACAGCAAAGGUACACGAGUACUUCUCCUUUCCUUUUCAUUUUAACUCUACCUUGCUUUCGCUGCCUCUGUCACUCCAUGGUUUUGAUUUCCCCUCUAUCUCUCGCUUGAAUCGCGUAGCAGCCGUGAACGGCCUGCUUCGUGACCUUAACCAUCAUAUAGGAACAUUCCGAGAUAUGGCUCGUAUCACGCUCGCGGACUGGACAUGUCAACUGAACCAUUGUGUCUUUCCUCUUCACGGCGCGUCUCUCAACACCUCGUUCAUGCGGCAACAAAGUGGCCUGCCUUUCCAGUGGCGGCUUGCACAUGACACUAUGCGCCAAAACGGUUUGUCCAUCCGUAACACGGAUCUCUCUUUCCUUUUCUAUGGCGAUGUGUCUCUGCGUCACCUGAAUCGCACGUUACACACUCGUCUCAGUCUACCACCACAGUUUAUAACCAACUUGGCUAAUGCCGGACUGACUCACCUCUUUGACAUCGCAUCCUUCACCCUAGAUCCCGCAAAACAUGACGUUGUGCAACUACAACCUCAUCCCAAUGUCCACUUUCAAAAUGCUACCACUCGCGCUCAAGAACAGUGGUUACAAACCUCACAGUGGCUUUCCGAUUUAACGCUGAUGGAUCUGGUCAAUGGGUAUAUGGCUACGGACUCGGACAUGACAGAUAAUGUUGUAGGGAGACGACGGAGAGCGGUUGGUUGCCAAACUCGCAUACAGAUCGCUGGCACGGAUGACAAUCUCCUCCGUGGUGCAGCUGCGAGUCAGUGUCUGGACUUGGAGCCCCUUUGGUUCCUGGGUUUACCUCCAAGGUUGCGUAUGCAACAAGCACAAGAUCUCAUCAAUGCCUACUACGCUGUUUCCCCUCACGCGCCCUUUCCCACCUCCAUUCCUCCUGGGAUUUUCGCAUCUGACGCAUCUAUGCUUCCGGCUGCACCCUCUUUCCGACAUCAACGUUCAGUAACCUUCUCGUCAAUUUCUCAUUCCUCUGCCCUGGCCAUGAAUCUCGACUGCUUCCGUACUUCAGCGUGGGUUUAUCAUGGCGAGACGUACGGACUCAUAGCAUCAACAAUACAUCAAUACAAUUUACCAUCACCCCCUUCUCACCUACCCUCUUCUCCAACUCUCUAUACCGACCACCUCAACUCUUCUCGUAUUGUAUCUUCCGCUCUCCACCUCCCUCCUCUGCCUCAUCAAUGGUCAUCUCUUCCUGGUCGUUCGCUCUACCGAUGGCUCCUUCAUCUCUUGCAGCAUUCUCCACCACCACAUCAUCCUCCCAAUAUCAUCUACACUCCAGCUCACACCAACUCCUCCUCGACCCCUUCAACAGUUAAUGCGCUUGCAGAUCGGCUCGCAUCAGGUUCUCAGCAUUUACAAAUUCGGCCACCUCCCGCACCCUUACCUACUUUCUUUAUGGAUUCUUUUAUGCUUUACUCACCAAACGACGGCUACAUUGAAACAAGUAUAUCAUCAUAUCUGCCAUCUGUACUCACUUCCGCUGCUUAUUCUAGCCCAGACUUCCGCCCUGCCAUGACGAUGCUACUGCCGUUCCACGACCAACACACACCUCCCGAACAUCCCUAUUUGCGGGCCUCCUCGGCAUAUUCAGCCUUGGUACAGCUCUACGCGAGAUCAGAUCAGCUGGACACGACGUACGCACGAUUCCGACGCUUCGGAAACGUAUCCCCCAUGUGCAUCAGUGGAUGCGAUGCACUGGAAACCGUCCACCACGUCUUCGUCUCGUGCCCUGUGUAUCGCUCCUUCCGCCAACAUGCCACACAAACACUGAUUACCGAGACAUCCCGUAUCCUGGACUCUGCAGAAGUACCCUUGCUCAUUUGCAGGUCCUUUCUUCAGGUGGUCCGAUGUCUCUUUGAAGAUGGCCCCGUUUGGCCCCAAUCUCUAUCUCGCUUCUACCUUGGCCUAACGCCACCCUUGCCCGCACUUACUGGUUUGCCGGGAGCGAAGACAAGUCGUCUGUUGGUACGCAUCGCUCACACGUGGCACACGUCAUGCAUUCGUCUGGCUGGCAGGAUUUGGGCGGAAUAUAAGCGAAGGGUACGUCCGGCUCCAUCGAAAAAGAAUAAUAACGCCGUAGCCAUUGAUUUACCAUCCUUUUUAUCUCCUAUCUUAUCGUCCUGACCGUUUCCCUUCAUACGUGUACCUUUACUUACAAUGAGCUACCGAGGUAGAUUAGUUUGCGCUUAUUUACCUGAGCUGUAUCAGCAGAGGUGGCCAAUAAAUCCAGUUUUCCAGUUUUCCAUCACUACUACUUCGGUUCCUGCCCUCUCGUUCGUUCCUUUUGCCCAU